AUGGUCUUGGCGCAGUUGCGGCCGGACGUCAGGGCAAGAUUGGACGAGCAUCAUCACUCAUCGAGUCGUGGCUGUACGCAGUGCGGACACGGUGAUGAUCUACCAAGUGGAUAG